CUAUUUCCUGUGAUGGUAUAGGUUGGUUAGGCAGCACAUAGGUUAACAGAGAGAUUGCCAGGCUGGGUAGUGUUUGUUACAUUUGUAAAUUAACAUUUGCUGCCUCAGAAGGCAUAAUCGGUUGUCUACCGUUAUGCUUCAGCUGAAUGAUACAGUUGAGCCUGACAGUCCUUCUGCUGGUGUCGCUUUGCUGGAUGCAGAAGGUGAAGAGGUUGCCUUUACUCCAGAAGGGACAGGGCGGUCUGGGGGUCAGGGUUCGUUGUCUGUGGCAGCCAGCGGGCUCGUGAGAAGCAGCACUGUAUGCUGCAGUCCUUUGCAGGCUAUUACGCCAUUCCGCGUCCAUAACCCAACAAUGCAGGCUAAAGUGAAGGAGUACUUCGUUUUCAGGCCUGGAACUAUUGAACAAGCAGUUAAUGAUAUUCGAAUUGUUGUUAUGCCAACGGAAGAUGGAGAAGUGCAGAGUGUGUGGCUUCUGGUCGAGAUUGAUCAUUGGAAUAAUGAGAAGGAGCGUCUGGUUUUGAUAACCGAUAAAUCUCUGUUGAUCUGCAAGUAUGACUUCAUCAAUCUGCAGUGCCAACAAGUUAUUAGAGUCUCACUAAAUGCAGUUGAUACAGUCUCAAUUGGAGAAUUUCUAUUCCCACCUAAAUCAUUGAACAGGAGAGAGGGAUAUGGAAUUAGAGUUCAGUGGGAUAAGAGAAGUCGUCCCUCCUUUAUGAAUAGGUGGAACCCCUGGUCUACUGAUAUGCCUUAUGCUACAUUCACAGAACACCCCAUGGCAAAUGUAGAUGAGAAAAUAGCUUCACUUUGUCAGUUGGAUAACUUUAAAACUCAGCUGAUUCAAGCAGUGAAGAAAGCUCACAAGGAAUGCCCACUGCUGGGCAGAGCAAAUGGAGUAUUGGUCCUAGAACAGCCGCUCCUCAUAGAAACCUAUCUUGGCUUGAUGUCCUUCAUCAACAAUGAAGCUAAACUGGGUUACUCCAUCACACGGGGCAGAAUUGGGUUCUAAGUGCCAUGUUGGAAUUUCAUCGUAAAAACAGUGUGGAGUUCCCCACUCUCAGCUUAUUAGCAUGGAAUCUCAUAUUUCAGCAUAAAAAUAUUGUAUUGUGACAGAGAGCAGGAAGGGAUUGUAUUCACAAUGCAGGACACACAGAAUUUACCAUCUCUGUGCUUACUGAAAUUAGUUGUGUAUGGAGAAUCAUGUUUGAUGUGGAGCUUAUCAGAAAGACUGCUGGACUGCUUGCCUGUCUGAAUGUCAUUACUGCCAUAUGUAUGGGACAUUUAUUCCUCUUACUGAGGUGAACAAAAAUAAAUUGUUGGAGAUGCUGGGUGAAGGAGGCAACCAAGUGCCCGUAUUACAUAUUAUAGAGUUAAGUAGCUAAUGAUCCUUGGAAUGAUAUAACCAACAUAAGGCUUUUUAUAUAAUUUAGUCAUCUGAUACCAUACUGCAUGUGGGUACCAUCUUAUGGUGUGUAGUUGGUAUGUUGCAUCUCUUGGAAGCACUUUUUUAAAGAUUUGUCAUAUACAAGUGCAGCAUUUCUUGCAAGUGUAAACGUUACAUUGUUGUAGGUAAGUUUAUGCAACUGAGUUAAAUCAUUUUAGUUUCUUUUGGUGUAUGCAUUAUCUAAGACAAGCUUGCAUAUUUGUUUUCAAUUCAAGUAAGCAUGCUAGCAGAUUGUGGGUUGGCAAAAUGUGGGAACAAUACAGCAUGUUUAAUCAGCUUCUCAGGUGACACUUUAAGGUACAAAAUAUGUUUUUGUAGUUUCAGCUGUGCAUGCUACAGAUCAUUAGCAGCAUGCAUCAUACCUGUUACGGUUGUUAUCAGUUAUAGCACAUUGACCGGUUUUAAUGCUCAGUUGUGUAUGUACACCUUUCAUGGCACAGUGGUAGACUGGUUUACAGAUGUAGCUGUAAUAAAAGUUUUUUUUUUUUUU